AUGGCGAACGUCGCAAGCGGUCUCCGUCACUUGAGGUGCCAGAAGCAACUCCUCGGCGUCCAAUGGCGCCAGGCAGCCUGGCAACGGCCGACAUCUCAGCUAUGCAUCAGAGCCAUAUCAACACAGCCGCCGGCUGGAGACGCAGGGUCCGGGACGAAUCUGGUAGAAUCCGUUCAGAUCCCGUACCAGGGCAUCACACACGCCCGCACUGUGCCGGCGACGCCUUCCUACUUCUCCAGGGAGCCUCAAUUCAACGACCUCUACAUCCGCAUCUCGAACCUCCUCACCAAGUACCACCACCUCCCGACCGUAUCACCGAACGAGGCCCCGCUGGUCCCCUGGACAAAGCUUGAGGAGAUGCGAUCGCAAAUGGGCGAGCCCAUCAAGGCGUCCCACUACGCAAAGGUCAUCCGGGUGGCCAAGCGCCUCAACCUCAUCGAGCCGACCCUCCGGCCGGCCGAGGUGAAGAUUGCGCUGCAAGACUUCGCAAGAGACAUCAACCCCUUCUUGAACAUGCCGCGCCCAGUCCCAAUCGACAAGUUUGGGCGAGCUGUUGGAGUUGGGAAGAGGAAGGAAUCCACCGCACGGGCGUUCGUUGUUGAAGGCACCGGAGAGGUUUUGGUGAAUGGAAAGACGCUCAGCGAGGCGUUUGGACGUGUUCACGACCGCGAGAGCGCUGUUUGGGCACUCACUGCGACGGAGAGACUCGACAAGUACAACGUGUGGGUGCUCGUUGAGGGAGGUGGAACAACAGGUCAAGCAGAGGCCAUCACCCUGGCCGUUGCCAAAGCGCUCAUUGCUCAUGAACCAGCCCUCAAGACGGCUCUGAGGAAAGCCGGCUGCAUCACGAGAGACCCGAGGACUGUCGAGAGAAAGAAGCACGGUCACGUCAAGGCCCGAAAGAUGCCUGCCUGGGUGAAGCGUUAA